AUGGUGGUGCAACCAGAGGGGCUGAAAUGUAGAGUGGAGGAAUCCAAUGCAGAGAGGGGUACAGCCGAGCUCUUCCUGAGGCUCCACAACUUGUACCCCACCCCGCGCUGGGCCAGGCAGACCUCCCUGCCCAGGCUGAGCCGCCGGGCGGUCAGCCAGCACUCCUACCUGCCGAACCGCUUCCCCUCCGUGCCCCUGGACCCCAUGGAAAGCCCCACCUCCCAGGCGGACCUGGAGCUGGACUACAACCCUCCCCGCGUGCAGCUCAGCGACGAGACGUUCGUCUUCCAGGACGGGCGGUGGGUGAAUGAGAACUGUCGCCUGCAGUCCCCCUACUUCUCCCCGUCCUCGUCCUUCCACCACAAGCUGCACCACAAGCGGCUGGCCAAGGAGUGCCUGCGGCAGGAGGAGAACAAGUCCCUGCACGCGGAGAACCAGUCCCUGCGCGUGGAGAACCAGUCCCUGCGCACGGAGAACCAGUCCCUGCGCACGGAGAACCAGUCCCUGCGCGCCGAGAACCAGUCCUUGCGCGCGGAGAACCAGUUCUUGCGCGCGGAAAACCGCACGCUCCGCGAGGAAAGCAAGAUCCUGCAGGUCCUAUGGGAGGUGCACCAGGCCGCGCUGGGCCGCGAGGACGGCCGGGCCUCCUCGCCACUGCUGCACAAGGACAACGCCUCGUCCCUGGAGGCGGCGAAGAAGGACCCGGACCUGCAGGUGCACGGCGGCCGGGAGAGCAGCACCCUGCAGCUCCUCCGGGAGGAGAACCGGGCCCUGCAGCAGCUGCUGGAGCAGAGAAAGGCCUACUGGGCCCAGCCGGACGAGAAGGCGGCCUCGACCGAGAUCAAACCGGUCCCCUCGCCCCAUGAGGCGCCCCACGGGCUGCUGCCGGACCAGGGCGUGGGCCUCUCUUCCCCCUUCGAGGAGCCCAAGGGCCCCCAGGCCCCGCAGGAGGACUCCAAGACGCUCCGGACCCUGCAGGAGAUGCUCAGCAACCUGUCGGGGCAGCCCAGGGAGGAGGUGGGCAAGGCGGGCCCGGGCCUGCCCGACGGCGGCCAGUCCCUGGAGCUGCUGCGGGAGAUGAGCCAGGCGCUGCAGGCGCUGCAGAAGGAGAACCAGACCCUGCAGGCCCUCCGCGAGGAGAACCGGCUCCUGCAGGAGGAGAACCGGGCGCUGCACGUGCUGCGCGAGGAGCACCGCAUUUUCCAGGAGAGCAAGGCGCUGUGGGAGAACAACAAGCUGAAGCUCCAGCAGAAGCUGGUCAUCGACACGGUGACCGAGGUCACCGCCCGGAUGGAGCUGCUCAUCGAGGAGCUGUACGCCUUCAUCCCGACCAAGAACAAAGACCCCAAGAAGCCCAGCAGGGUCUGAGGCUCCCCGUCCGAGCCGCACCGAAGCCCAGAGCUGGGCCACCAAACGGCAUCGCCCGCCUUCCCGUGGUCGCUUCGCCCGCCUCCACCAGCUGGUGCCCGUGCAAGAGCAGAACGAGUGGCCUGGUCAACUCAGAGAAGCAAUAAAGAUGUGAGAAGGCGAGGGCCGCUA